CACCCAGGAAGCUCCAGGUGCGCCGGAUCCACUUGGGGAAUCACUGCGGGCCAGUUAGCCAAGAGUCCUGGGUUCCUGCACAAGAAAGAUCCUCACUAGAGUCCAGCAUGUCAAAUUUUUCCUCUAGAAAAAAGUCUCCAACUGGAAAUGAUCUGAAGAGCGCCCGGGGAGCUGAGCUGAGACAACAGGGUUUUCACGAUGUGAACAAAAGAAGGGCUUUCUUACAGGACAACAGCUGGAUAAAGAAGCUCCCAGAGGAAGAACAAGACGAAAAUUAUGGCAGGGUGGUGCUCAACCGGCACAACUCCCAUGAUGCCUUGGACAGGAAAUUAAUAGAGAGAGAUGAGCCAAAAGCCACAAUUAGCCGAUACAGAUCUGAGGACAUGCUGGACAGAACACUGUCCGCGGUUAGAACGCCAGAAUCAACCAGGGCGCCAGCUGUCAGCUCCUUCAAUGCAAACACUACCGCCACAGCUUCAACCCCCGCUACCACUCCUGUGAAGAAAAAGAGACAGUCCUGGUUCCCACCACCCCCUCCUGGUCACAAUGCCUCUCCAAGCACAGCAGCCAGCAGAAGGGACCCAGCUCUGCACCCUCCACUCCCCCCAAAGCCCUGCUCUCCCAUUGCUUCUCCUAAACCACUGAGGCAGACUAAUAGGACUGAGGAUCUCGAUGACAUCAUCAGGGUGGCGGCUGCACUUCAGAAAACUGACAAGGGUGAAGAAUUGGAUAAUCUCAUCAGAAUGAACAAAAGCUUGAACAGAAACCAAGGUCUCGAUGGCCUCUUCCGAGCAAACCUGAAGGCACAGCAAUUGGACAAAAGAGCCCAGAGUCUUGAAAGUCUGAUCUAUAUGAACACACAGAUGGACAGAGAUGGCAAAGGAAGUCAAGCCUUCGGGAGCCUUAAGAAAAUCAACCAAAGGGCUGACCCCGACAGAGGAAGCCAAGAUCUCAGAUCAGUUAUCAGAACGCAUGCCACAGCUGAGAGAAGCGGCAGAAGAGGUAAAGAUCUUGAUAGUGUCAUGAAGAUCAGCCCCAAAGGACAUGAAAGUACCACUGGAAAACAAGACCUCGAUGGACUGAUUAAAGUGAACCCUGACACAAAUAAAAAUAUGAAGAGGGGCAAGAGCCUUGACAAUCUUAUCAAAGUCACCCCGGAAGUAAACAGAAGCAGCAAAGGGGGUCCAAGUCUUGACAAUUUCACCAAAGGAGUUCCUGCAAGGAGCAGAGCUAACCAAGGGAACCAAGACCUGGACAGUCUUAUCAAGGUGACCCCCUUAGCAAACAGAAGCAGUCAGCACAGUCUUGAUGAACUUAUUAAUACAAGCCCCCAAACUAUCAAAACUACUGCUAGACACCAAGAUCUCGAUAAGUUCAUCAAAGUAAAUCCUGAUGUUCUCACAAACAACCAAAGAAACCAUGAUGUAGACAGCACCAUCAGAGGGAAUCCUACAGGGACCAGAUGCGAGCAAAGCGAAGAGCUGGACAAUCUUAUCAAAGUGAAGCCUUCUGCUCUCAGAAACACAAAUGGAGACCAGGACCUAGAAAGCUUAACUGAAGUAAAUUCUCAUGUGUCUAAGAAUGGGAGGAUAGAUGACCAAGCCAAUGGAUUGACUAACAGUCUACGCAAGGAGUCCACAAGAACCUCAGUCUAUUCUUAUGAGGCCAGAAACAGUCUCAGCUCCAAUUCUGGAAACAAGAAUGCUGGGCCCAAGGACACUGUUGUUUAUACAAGGACGUAUGUGGAGAACAGUAAAUCGCCAAAGGAUGGUUAUCAAGAAAAUAUCUCAGGAAAAUAUAUACAAACUGUUUAUUCAACUUCAGAUAGGUCUGUCAUUGAAAGAGACAUGUGCACUUACUGCCGCAAGCCCUUGGGGGUGGAAACCAAGAUGAUUUUAGAUGAAUUACAGAUCUGUUGCCAUUCCACCUGCUUUAAGUGUGAAAUAUGCAAACGGCCUCUGGAAAAUUUACAGGCAGGAGACAGUAUUUGGAUCUAUAGGCAGACGAUACACUGUGAGCCCUGCUACUCUAAAGUGAUGGCAAAAUGGAUUCAAUAACGCCGACACGUGGAAAUGAAGAUGAACAACUUCAUUGAGGAAUUUAAAGCUACAUUUUGAGAAUAUGUAAUCUAGAAAAUAUCUGCAUUGGACAUCAUCUCUUGUAUCAAAAUAACAGUUUUAUUGUUGCACAAAUAAUCUAAUUACGUUGAAGAAGGUCACAUAUGUGAAAAGAAUCAUCUGGUGUCUGGCAAAGUUUAGUGAUUAAAAAAAAUCUACAUAGUUCUAGUUACCAAAGUCAACGGCAGUGAACAUUCUCAACCCUGAGCAGGCCAUCUCUGCUCCGUAUUUGACUGUCCAUCUUGGUUUCCAUUUUAACUGAGUUUAUCUUCCUACCUACAUCCCCCUAAUAAUUUGCAUUAGAGCAUUAUUGACACCCUGACAAAUAGGCUGCUGGAAGCAAGAUAUACUUCUUUUUUUUACAAAAGAAAAUGCACAUAGAAAUUUUCUUCUAAAUUUUUGGUUCAAGAUAUCAAUGUUCCAAGUUGUUUGGACCUUAGAAAAUCACUUAAACUUUCCAGACUUUCGGUGACAUUAUCUAUGAUACCACUGAUAUUAGACAAAAUGAUUUCUAAGUCCCUCCUUGCUUUUCCUAUCCUCUGAAUCAAAAAGAGAUUUGAGUUUCCUGUUUAGAAACAUGUUGGUAUAUUUGUUAGCUAUGUUGGGAAAUAUAAAUAAUUUCACCUAAGUGUCACCCUUCAGUUUAUCACAGGCAUAGCUUUUGAGGACUAUUCUUAAAACUGGAAUCAGUAGCUCUAUGGGUGAUAGGUAAAAAUCAGAUAACGUGUAAUUUGUUAAACUUUCUUUGCAUGUAUUUCAAAAUCUGGGUGAUCAAAUAACCUGAGAAGUAAUAGCUAUGUAUUGCAAACACGUUAUGUAAGUUCAUGUUAUAAACAGUUUAUGUUUACAGAAGGCUCACAAC